AACAUCAACAAGUGUAUUCAUGUAUGUGUUAACUUGCUAACACAUGUGGCAUAUACCGGUCGCACUAAUACAAAGGAUAAGCUAUUGGAUUUAAAGGCGGUGGACGCUGGGCUCUUAUCCCAAUACCGGAUCCAAACAGAUAGGUCAGCGAGUGAUCCAACAUGUCUGAGAACGAGACAACCACUUGUCCAGAAAACUCGUACGGAUCGACCAACUCCGACGUCAACGACGAGAAUGGGCCGCCCCUGUCGUUUGCGGAUCUGGGUAUACCGACCGGGCCCCAGCUGGAAACCACAGUUUUGGGAAAGUACAGAAAAAUUCAAGAUGUCGAACUAAAGGAGUUUGUGUUUCUGGGUGUUACGUGCGUUUCCUUGAUAGCCACUGCUAUCUUCACCAUCUACAAACUAGCCACGGUCAGCAAGUCCGAUACAGAUUUCACCUUUGCUCUUGUCCUUUUGCUGAACACAUUUUUCUGUUUGUACUAUAUCAUCCAUGGCAUCCUCAACGAACGGCCUUACGAAAUCUUUAUCUUGGUGGUGGCCACGUUUUUCAUUUUACUCUACAUCAUUCUCAACUACGCCAUUGGAAAGACGGGCACAGUCAAGCUAGUACGCCUUAUCGCGGCCUGUGUGCUGUGCCCAGUUAUAAUUGGACUUGGUGGAUGGAUUGGUAAAGAGUACCUGCUAUCUGGUCACCUCGUCUUCAGAAUUAUCGGCGCCAACUCCACAUUGCAGACUAUGUGCAAGAUGAUAUUGCUGACUUUCGAUCUUCUCACACUUGAUUUGCAACUUGGAGCGAGUAUGGUGAUUCUGAUUCUCAGCACUGGAAUGAAAGUGGACACAAAGGACAUUGUCAUACUAAUAGUUGGAGGAAUAAUCACCAUCGCCUGGUUCGUGCUGGGCAUGUGGACCAUGCGAAAGGAGCACAAGAUUGGAACCUAUGUGUUUCUUGCUGCGAGUCCACUUGAAAUUGGUUACAUCAUCUACAAAGUCGUCAAGUCCAUCGAGAACAUUGCGGUUUCAGCCUCGUUGGCAUCUAGUACCAUCGCCUGUGGUGUUCUGGCACUUACUGUCAGAGUGGCAGUUAUAAUAUUUUCCGUGCUUGUGAUGAGGAACUAUAACAAGGGUUUAAAAGAAAAGGCUUUUGAAUAGAUUGAGAAACCAGAAAAUAAGGGAGUGGUUGAUGUGCUGCAAGAUGCAUAAAGAAGCUCGUGUAUUAUGCAUCAUAACGUAAUGACUGUGAUCUUCUGAGAACGUUCAUCACUGAUUGUGAUUCAAUUUACAUUUAUUGCAUUUAGAUUGAAACUCAAAAGAAGACUUCCUUGUGUUUAAGAAAUGUUAAAUUUAAGAGUCAAAUACACAAGUCAAAGCCUUA